GGGCGGCUCUUUCCCAGAAGAGCCCGAGCUUUGUGGGAGAGGAAGGUAUCCGGCCUUGAAGACGCCCAGCAAGGAGAGGAGAGAAGCCGGGCGAGGAGGCGCAGGAUUCGCACCAGGGACCGCAGUCCGUCCUGUCCUCGGAGAUACACCGACUGGAAGCCGUUGGUAUGAUUUACGCGAAUGGACAAAGAUCAUGGCUUGGACAAAGAGGGCUUGAUGGCUUGCUGUGGCCGGUCCUUCGGGAAUAGAAACGAUCUUAUGAAUGAAAAGGCAACUGGAGCGCCGCAGGAUUAUUUGGACCCGUUUGGAGUUGCCAUACGGGACCGAGAGAGAAUGGAGACACAACUUUUAGCAAGUGAGACAACGGAAAAAGGUCCUUCUGCUGUUCAGGAUGGAAGCCCUGGGGAGAUCUCGGCAAGCACUGGGCAGGAGAUCGUGGAGGAAGAAAGCACCAUCCAUUCAGAAGUUCAGCCCCGCAACUUCAGGAGCGUCCAGGAAGCUGAGGGUCCCCGAGGACUUUUUAGUCAACUCCAUGACUUUUCUAGGCAAUGGCUGAAAAGGGAAAAUCACACCAAAGCGCAGAUGCUGGACUUGGUUGUUCUGGAGCAGUUCUUAGCCCUUCUGCCCCCAGAGAUGGAGAGCUGGGUACGGGAGUGUGGAGCAGAGACCAGCUCCCAGGCGGUGGCCCUGGUGGAAGGUCUUCUCUUGAGCCAGGCGGAGGAGCAGAAGGAGCAAGUCGAGUUGCAGUCCUUCAGUAGGGAGAUCACAGAUCCUGAUGAAAGAAGAAAUCCAUCAAAUCCUUCACAGGAGCUGUUUUUCAGGACGGCCUCUCAGGAAGAUCCAAGCCAGGAUACCUCAGAAGAGAAACACAGAAUGAAUUUUUCUGAUCUUUAUGAUGGAGCUGAAACUGUGGUUGGACCUCCAAAUCAAGAAGCUCUUGUAUCCUUCAAGGAGGUGGCUGUUCAUUUCUCCAAGGAAGAAUGGUCUCAGCUGGAUUCUGACCAAAGAGCGCUGCAUUGGGAAGUCAUGCUGGAAAAUUAUAGGAACGUGGCCUCUCUGGAUAAUAACGGGCAGGAGAAUGAAGAUUUCUGUGAACUGUUCCAAGUGAUCAAUGCUGGAAAGGAAAUUGAGGAGCCUGCAAUUCAAAUGCAACUAGAAAACCAUGAGAGAAACGAGUCAGAAAAUUGGAAUCCGGAAAGCUCGUCUUCCAUCGAUGCUCAGGUGCAAAAUGUUCUUGUCGAAGAAGAGAAAAUAGAUAAAGAAUAUAUUGGGAAAUCUGUGAAGCUAAGUGAAGGAUUAUUAGAUGUAAAUGAAGAAUAUCCGAUUAAAGGAGAAGACGAUAUAUUCAGAGAUGACGGAGAAAUUUUGACUUUCACUCUUUCUUCUGAAAAUGGGUCCCUCCCAUCGCAAAAAUGGAACCACGCAGAAGAGAAGCCGUAUAAAUGUUUGAUAUGUGGAAAGAGCUUCAGAAGAAGCGGCCAUCUUAAUUCCCACAGGAAGAUCCACACAGGGGUGAAGCCAUAUAAAUGCAUGGAAUGUGGGAAGGACUUUAGGGGAAAGCGUGAGCUUAUUUCCCAUAAAAGGAUCCACACAGGGGAAAAGCCAUAUAAAUGCAUGGAGUGUGGAGAGACCUUUGCUCAGAGCAGCCACCUUACGAGUCACAAACGGAUCCACACGGGGGAAAAACCCUACAAAUGCAUGGUGUGCGGAAACGGUUUCACGACAAGCAGCUCUCUUACUCGCCACAAAAGAGUCCACACAGGGGAGAAGCCGUACAACUGCAGGCAGUGUGGAAAGUCCUUCGCUCAAAGCGGUUCCCUCGCUUCCCAUACUAAGACGCACGUACGCGAGAAGGCCCAUAAAUGCGUGGUGUGCGGAAAGAGCUUCAGCACGAUCAGCUACCUGAUUUGCCACACGCGGAUCCACAGUGGGGAGAAGCCCUAUAAAUGCAUGGAGUGCGGAAUGACCUUCGUUCAGAGCCGUUACCUCCUUUCCCAUAAAAGGAAACACACAGGGGAGAAGCCGUAUAAAUGUAUCGAGUGCGGGAAGUGUUUUAGUGAGCGCAGUUCCUUUAUUUCCCAUAAGAAGAUUCACACAGGGGAGAAGCCCUUUAAAUGCAUGGAGUGUGGAAAGACCUUUCUGGAGAACCGUUAUCUGAUUUUCCACAAGAGGAGACACACAGGGGAAAAGCCCUACAAGUGCAUGAAGUGUGGAAAGACCUUUACGCGGGUCAGUACCCUGAAUUCCCAUAACAGGAUCCACACAGGGGAAAGACCAUAUAAAUGCAUGGAAUGUGGAAGGGACUUUAGAUGGUACAGUGAGUUUACUGCCCAUAACAGGAUCCACAUGGGAAAAGCCACCUACAUGCACGCAGUCUGGAAAGAGCUUUGCUCGGAGGAGUACUCUUACUUCACACCAGGAGCGCUGCCGCCAGUUGCUCCCCUGCGCCCGCCUGCCUUGCCACCACCACCAGGAAAGACCCUGAAGCUGCGCUGCCCGGGAUUCACAUGGGCUGCCGCUGGGGGAGGCCAGGCAAGGCUGGCAGGAGGAGCUGCUUCUGCCGGCGUGAAUGGCCUGCAUGCCAGCCAUGCUGGACGCGCUGUUUGUGCCGGCAAAGGCAGCAGUGGCACCUGCCAGCCUCGUGCUCCAGGCAGCGUCCAGCCAGCCAGCCAUGCUGGACUCUGCCUGGAACAUGAGGCUGGCAGGAGGAGGAGCCACGACUUCCUCUGCAAACAGGCUGUGGCGGCAGGCCGAUCGCGCUGGCAAAAGUGUUCGGAGAUCCAUACUGAUUGCUCGGACCAAUUUGGAAUUGCCUUACAGAACAGAUACAGAAUGGAGACACAACUUUUGACAACUGGGAACGGCUCUUCUGCUGUUCAGCCUGGGAGCUGUGGAGAGCUAUGGGCAAGAGCUGGGCAGAAGAUCCCGAAAGACCAACCCAUCUAUUCAGAUGUUCGGCAUGGGAACUUCGGGAGCCUCCAAUACCAGGAGGCUGAGGGUCCCCGAGGACUUUGCAGCCGACUCCACAACUUUUGCAGCCGAUGGUUGAGACCAGAAAAGCACACCAAAGCCCAGAUGCUGGACCUGGUUCUUCUGGAGCAGCUCCUGGCUCUUCUGCCCCCAGAGAUGGAGAGCUGGGUGCGGGAGUGUGGAGCAGAGACCAGCUCCCAGGCAGUGGCCCUGGCGGAAGGCUUCCUCCUGAGCCAAGUGGAGGAGAAGAGAGAGCAGGUUGAGUUGCAGCCCUUUCCUGUGGAGAUCAGAGAUCUUGAGGGAAGGAUGAAUCCAUCAGAUGUCUCUCAAGAGCUGUUUUUCUGGAGGAUCUCUGAGGAAGAUCCAAGUCAGGAUGCUUCAGAAGAGAGGCGUAGAAUGAAGUUUUCUGAUCUUUAUGGUAAAGCUGAAAAACUGGUUGACUCUCCAAAUCAAGUAAGAGGAGCAAAUUCAUUUAUUACGGAGCGGCUUUUUUCCUUCGAGGACGUGGCUGUGCAUUUCUCUGAGGAGGAAUGGUCUCAGCUGGAUUCUGACCAAAAAGCGCUGCAUUGGGAAGUCAUGGUGGAAAAUUAUAGGAACGUGGCCUCUCUCGGCAAUCAUGUGCAGGAGAAUACAGAUUCCAGUGAACCAUUCCAUAUCUUCAGUCCUGGAGAUGGAAUGGAGAAGCCUGCGAUUCAAAUGAAACUAAAAAAGCAUGAGAGAAACCUAUCAUGUAAUUGGAAUCGGAAAAGCUCAUCUUCCACUGACAGGCAGAAUCAAGACUUCCAUGCACAACAAGGAAAAAAAAAAGACAAAUAUACUGGGAAAAAUGUGAAAGUAUUCAAACGCAAAUCCGAUGUAAAUGAACAGUACCCAACACAAACCAAAGAGGAUUAUAUAUGCAGAAACAAUGGAAAGAAUUACAAUUGGACUUUGCCUUUUUCUCACAAAAACAGGGCCCCCAUAACUCAUAAAAUAAUCCACACAGAAGAGAAGCCAUAUAAAUGUUUGGAAUGUGGAAAGGGCUUCUCAAGAAGCAGUCAACUUAUUUUCCAUAAAAGAAGCCACACAAGGGAAAAGCCCUCUAAAUAUCUGGCACAUAGAAAGAGCUUUACUAAAAGUACUCAACUUGCGACACGUAACUGGAUCCACACCGGGGAGAAGCCAUAUAAACGCACAGAAUAUAGAAGGGACUUCAAGAAGCGAUGUACUUCCCAUAAACGAAUCCACACAGGAGAGAAGCCACAUAAAUGUGUGAAAUGUGGAAAGAGUUUUACCACAAUUAGUUCUCUUACUUGCCACACAAGGAUCCACAGCGGGGCGAAGCCCUAUAAAUGCAUGGAGUGUGGGAAAAAAUUUACUCAGAGCCGUUAUCUCCUUUCCCACCUAAGGAAACACACAGGGGAAAAACCAUAUAAAUGUAUGGAGUGUGGAAAGAGCUUUAACCUGACCAGUUCUCUUACUUGUCAUAAAAGAGUCCACACAGGGGAGAAGCCAUAUAAAUGCAGAGAGUGUGGAAAAUCUUUUGCUCAGAAAAGUCAUCUUACUUGCCAUAACAGGAUCCACACAGGAGAGAAGCCACAUAAAUGUGUGGAAUGUGAAAAGAGUUUUACCACAAUUUGCUCUCUUACUUACCACAUAAGGAUCCACAGCGGGGAGAAGCCCUAUAAAUGCACGGAGUGUGGAAAAUUUUUUACUCAGAGCCGUUAUCUCAUUUCCCACCAAAGAAAACACACAGGGGAAAAACCAUAUAAAUGCAUGGAGUGUGGAAAGAGCUUUAACCUGACCAGUUCUCUUACUUGUCAUAAAAGAGUCCACACAGGGGAGAAGCCAUAUAAAUGCAGAGAGUGUGGAAAAUCUUUUGCUCAGAAAAGUCAUCUUACUUGCCAUAACAGGAUCCACACAGGAGAGAAGCCACAUAAAUGUGUGGAAUGUGAAAAGAGUUUUACCACAAUUUGCUCUCUUACUUACCACAUAAGGAUCCACAGCGGGGAGAAGCCCUAUAAAUGCACGGAGUGUGGAAAAUUUUUUACUCAGAGCCGUUAUCUCAUUUCCCACCAAAGAAAACACACAGGGGAAAAACCAUAUAAAUGCAUGGAGUGUGGAAAGAGCUUCGGUCAAAGCAGUUCCUUUAGUUCCCAUAAAAAGAUCCACACAGGGGAGAAGCCCUUUAAGUGCACGGUGUGUGGAAAGGCCUUUCUUCAGAAGCGUUACCUUGUUUCCCAUAAAAGGAUCCACACUGGGGAGAAGCCACAUCAGUGUGUAGAAUGUGGAAAGAGUUUUAGCGCAAUUAGCGCUCUUGCUUGCCAUAAAAGGAUUCACACAGGGGAGAAACCAUAUAAAUGCACGGAGUGCGGAAAGGGCUUCUCGGAAAAUCGGUCCCUUAUGAGACAUAAAAGGAUUCCACACAAUGGAGAAGCCGUAUAAAUGUGCGAAGUGUGUAAAGAGCUCCAAGGGGAGAAAUGACCUAGUUUUUCAUAUCCGUUUGAUGAGAAUCCAUGUAAACUUUAGAUUUAAUUGGUUAAUUCUAUGGAUUUCCUUUUUAUGUAUGCUGAACUAGGAAAGAAAGAUUUUACUGACCCUCACAACUGACAGCCUGAGAGGGAUGAAUUUACCAAUAGAAAAAAAUGGUUCUGAGUUAUGAGGUAAAAUUUCUGAAGCAAUUUGGAUCUCGUUCCCCCCCCCCCAGUAUUUUCUUCAGCAUGCAGAUAGUCCUCAACUUAUGACCACAAUUGAGCCCAAUUGUUUAUGUUGCGAAGUGAGAAAUUCGCCACAGUGAGUUUUACCCCAUUUUACGACUUUUCUUAUCACAUUUGUUCGGCGAAUCACGGCAGUCGUUAAAUUAUUAACAUGGUUGUUAAAGAGAAUCUGGUUUCCCCAUUGACUUUGCUUGUCAGAAGGCUGCAAAAGGGGAUCGUGUGACCCCAGGACACUGCAAACCGUCAUAAAUAUGUUUUAAAUAUGGCAUUUUUGAGGUUCAACUGUCAUUUUACGUGGUCGAGAAUUGUACAUGUCAAUAAGAGAAGAUCGUUUUGUCUUAAGUUUGCCUUUAUUGUAGCUUCCAGUUGUGUGUCGAUUCCAAGAAAAUGGCCAUUAUAGGUAUUUCAGAUUCUGGACUAUGUAAAUUUAUGAAGAAAUUUAUUGUGGUAUUUUUUUUUUACAAGUGAGCUUCUUGUUACCCAAUCAUUUGUUCUUCCCACCUGAUCUUGGUUCUGGGAGGGAUAUGAAGAGGCAGAUAUUUAACAGGCGUUUCUUCCCCAGGUGGGAAAAGCAGCUGAAUCUUUUUAAGACAAAGGUUUAUUAGUCUUUCUUCCAAUAUGGCAAACAAGCAAGUAGAAAUUCAGUAACUUCCCAUAGUGUAAACUUUCCUUCUUUUGUCUCAUCUUUUUACAAUUAUUUUCCACUUCCUUUCCUCUUGAAUACACUCACAUUUUAUCAGAGGCCCUUACACUUCUGUGUCAUCACAAAAAGAAAUGGUGCAACAGAGAUAUACUGGGAUCUGAAACAAUAUUAUAAUCCAAAAGGAACUCAAAUUCCAUCAAAGUAAAUGGAAAGAGAUGGAAAGUGAAAUUGAAUUGUCCCAGAGUAUCUUGAUAUUGAAUUAAAAGUGACAGUUAAAAGGGUAUGUGCUUUGAUUCCUUCCUUCCUUCCUUCCUUCCUUCCUUCCUUCCUUCCUUCCUUCCUUCCUUCCUUCCUUCCUUCCUUCCUUCCUUCCUUCCUUCCUUCCUUCCUUCCUGUCUCAAGUUAGGAAUAUUCAGGAGACUGAAAACCACUCCAGUGUGCUGACACUGCAAAUGAUCAAGCAAAAAGGAAGACAUUUAAGGCAAAAUAAUAUGAAAUUAAGAAUAACUACUUCAGAAAACUGCUCCAGUUCUUCCUGAUCAAACACAAUGAGAAUAGGAGCUUCUUGUGAGAUGUGAAGAUACCAAAAAAUUAAAAAAACGAUUACUAUCAACCUGCCUUCCAUUGAGGACCUGUAUACUGCACGAAUCAAAAAGAGGGCUGUGAAAAUAUUUACAGACCCCUCGCAUCCGGGACAUAAACUGUUUCAACUCCUACCCUCAAAAUGACGCUAUAGACCACUGCACACCAGGACAACUAGACACAAGGACAGGUUUUUUUUUUGAAACACCAUCACUCUGCUAAACAAAUAAUUCCCUCAACACGGUCACACUAUUUACUACAUCUGCACUAUUAUUAAUCUUCUCAUUGUUCCCAUCCCCCAUCUUCUUCCACUUAUGACUGUAACCUGGUAUCCUUACAAUUUAUAUUGACUGUUUCCUAAUAUGAUUUCAUUGCUUAUUUGUACCCUACGACUAUCAUUAAGUGUUGUAGCUUAUGGUUCUCGAUGAAUGUAUCUUUUAUGUACACUGAGAGCAUAUGCACCAAAGACAAAUUCCUUGUGUGUCCAAUCACACUUGGCUAAUAAAGAAUUCUAUUUUA